AUGGACAGUACAUGCGAGUAUUGCGAGAAGGGAAGAGCCACCGUAUACUGCCGCGCCGAUUCCGCUAGGCUGUGCCUUUCCUGCGAUCGCGUCGUGCACUCCGCUAAUAACCUAUCGUUGCGACAUCAGCGAACUCUCCUGUGCGACGGCUGUAACCUCCAACCGGCAGCUUUUCGCUGCGUUGACGAAAACCUCUCUCUCUGCAUCGCUUGCGAUAGCGCAAUUCACGGCAAGCUAUCCGCUUCGCAAUUGCACAGACGCCAUGCGUUCGAAAAUUUCACGGGCUGCCCGUCCGCAGCAGAUCUUGCGCAGCUUUGGGGUUGCGAGUUGGCGAAACCACCCCCGCCGCUGCUCCAAGUUCAUCAGAAGCACUCUCGACCCGCGUGCUCCACGUCAACAGGCGCCACGACGUCUCUCAUCGCGUCGCACACAACCAGGAUGUCGCACGACGACACGCUGCCGUCGCCAGAUUCUGGCCGCGCGACACGGCUAACCUCUCGUUCCGUGAAGAGCUCGCGACCGCUAGUAACGCCGGCAACGACAAUGAGUCUCACCAGCUCCGUGCAGCACCCGUCGCUCUCCAAACCCGCUGCGCCGGAACCCAGCACUGCCACGGUCUGCGCUUCCGCUCCACGGAAGCAGUGGGGGGCGGCGGGGCUAGGCGGAGCCGCUGGAGCCCGCGGAGCGGCGAGAGCAACGAUCGGUGCGGGGAUGGCGGUGCCGGCGGGUCGAGCGAUGUCGAGUAGCACGUCGGUGGGUUUGCAACCGGCGAGCACCGUUGCGACGUCGACGGCGGUGACGACGGCGGGAGAUGCGGCGGGAGAUGCGGAGAUGAUGGACGCAGUGCUGCAGCGGAGCCUGUCGCACGAUUUCGCAGCAGGUGGCGCGCAAGGCGGUGCGUCGCAGCCGUUGUUCCCGGAGUCUGCGCGCGCAGGGAGCGCCGCGCAUCCGGCGGAAAGCCCGAGGGGAGGCAAGCAGCCGUCCGGCCAGCAGCAUCGUCCCCCCGCGUGCGUCCCCGGAAUGGCAUCGCCCGCGCCUUCGUCCUUCUCCGCGCAAAGAGCGCCUCUCUGCCCGCCGCGAAUGUCUCCGGCGGCCUAUCCCCCCGGCGCUCUUCCCCGUACCGCCACCGACCGCGGUCCGUUUCAUCCACAGCCGCAGCUGAACCAGAUGCUGCCUCCGCAUUUUCAAGCUGACUUCGGCUUUGCGGGGCAGCAAGGCACGCAGCAGGGCAUGCAGGCUGGCGCGCAGGCAGGCGGGCAGGAGUCGGGAUUCGGCGCGCUGCAAAAGGCGGAGAUGGAGAGACAAGCGGAGCUCGCGCAAGGCAACCGCUUCUUCUUCCCCAGCGGGCAGCUCUCUGCUGCGCACCCGAACCUGGGCCUCCUCCAAUCCAUUCCUGGUGGCCCCAAGGACGCCAAGGCGCUCAAGAGCCCCCUCAUUGAGGGCGGCUCUUCAACAACAGCAGCUGCAGCCACUGCUGCACCUGCAGGCAGUGCGGCGCCUGCAGGCAAUCUGGUUGCAGGGGGGAUUCCCAACGCCGUGGCUGCUGCUCUUGCUGCAGCACCGUCCGCCUUCCUCACGUCGCCGCGCCUCAGCGCCAAGCGCGCCCUCAGCAUCGCCUCCGCCGCCUCCCCUCUCGUCUCCCCGCCUCCGCUGCACGCACCCCCUGCCCGCGCCCCUGCGAGUCCCAGCGUCUUCCUGCCCAUCCCCCCGCCCGGCAGCCCCUUCUCCCCAGCCAUGGCUGCCAUUGCCGCCACGCUCAGAGCUGCCCGCCUGCCCGUCCCGCCCCGUUCCGUCCCUGCCUCCGCUGCGUCCGCUGCUCCCACACCUCCCACUGCACCCACUCCUGCUGCCGGCAUUGCUGCCAGCGUUGCUGCUGGUAACAACAGCGAGUUUGGCGGGCAGCUGGGGCGAGAUGGGGGCGAAGAGGUGGUGAGGGAGCAGGAGGGGGGAGAGCAGGAGGAGCAAGAGGAUCGGCAGGAGCAGGUGGGGGAAGAUGCUAUGGCUAUGGGUACAGGUGGCAUGGGUGAUGCUGGUAUUGGUGCUACUGACAUGGGUGAUGCUGGGUUGGGUGUUGGUAACUGUGGUGCCCAGCCGCUGGGGAGCAUGGCAGCAGCAGGCACGCUCAUGCAGCCGCUGGAUCAGGACACUGUUGACUGGCUCGCCGCCCGCCCGCCGUCCUCCAUGGCCGGCAUGAACCGUCUGCUAGCGAGGGUGCUGGAGGAGGCGGGCGGCAGUGCAGCAGGCAUGGAUGGCAGUGCGUUGCCUGCCACCUGUGCUCUGCUGGAGCGCAGAUUGGGCGGCUCUGCCCUGACAGCACCCAACGGUCCCUGUGAUCUUACCACUCCUGCCACGCUUCUCGGCGCCACUGCUGCUGCUGCAGACGCCACUGCUCGUGCGAAUUGGAGGAACGGAGCGGUGUGGCCGAACGUUGCUAUCCGAACCUUGUCCACAGCUUCGGCGUCAAGCUCCUUGGCAGGUGCGGCGGGAGGGGCGGGUGGGGCGUCAGGGGAGGCAGGGCAGGAGGAGAGGGAGCUGGCACUGUUCCGGGCGCUGGAGGGGCAGAUGAUGCGCGAUGGGCGCAGCAGCAGAGGCACUGGCACUGGCACCCCAGACGCACAAGCAGGGGGGGAAGGCAGUGAGGGUGAGGCUAUGGGCAUGGCAGCACUUGUGGAUGCACAAGUGGCGGCAACCACCGCCGCUGCUGCUGCUGCUGCUGCUGCUGCCACUGCUGGUGUUGGCGGUGGUAGUGCAGUGGCGACAGUGGAGGUGAAAUCAGAGGCAUUCGGUGGCGCUGAGGGAGCCGCUGGUCCUGCCGGUGCCAGUGCUGCUGCUGCGCUGUUUGGAGGCGGUGCGAUGCACCCUGCCGGCCCCAUGAGCAUGGCCCAUGCCCUCCAUGCCCUCAACUCCGCCAACCCAGUCAACCCAGUCAACUCAGUGAAUGGGAACUCAGUCAACACAGUCAACACAGUCAACAUGGUCAACGGGUUUCUUGCGGACCCCUGGCUGUGCCGGGCGAGGAGCAUGCAGGGGGUGGGUGGCGGGGUGAUGGGCGGCCCUAUGACAGGAGGCACGGUGCUAUCAGCCAUGGUGGCGGUGUCAGCAGCAGCUGCCAGGGACGAGGCGGUCAUGCGAUACAUGGAGAAGAAGAAGCACCGCACGUUUGCCAAGAAAAUUCGGUACGAGUCUCGCAAGACGCGCGCGGAUGGGAGGCAGCGGGUGAAAGGCAGCGAGCGCGCGGAAGUAAUCGCGGAAGCGGAGAGAGCAGUGGCGAAAAUGAUUGCGGCGAUCGACGGUGUAGAUGCGACGAUGGAGACAGAGCCGCGGUUAGAUGAUGUCAAAGGGGCGGACGACGCCUUGGGUGAAGAUAAUCAAGCGAUAGAUUCACGUGCGACAAAUUUACGCACGACAGAUUUACGUGCGACAGAUCCACAUGCGACAGAUUCAGUCGCAUCGCCGUCGCCGGCUCAAUCAACGGCGGGAUCCGCGCAACCGGGGACGCCCGCGAGUGCGGAAAGAGGUUCCGCAGUUGCGCAUACUCCCUCGCCUGGUGCGCACACCCCCUCGCGCGCUGCCCUGACCCCCUCGCCCUCGUCCACGUGGCUGUCGCCGUUCGGCGGGUUGCUGGGCGCGUGGAUGUCCCCCGCAUCCCCACCCCCCGACGCAGACGCGUCGCCCGCCGCCCCGCACCCCGAUGCGGAGGCGCGCAGCAGGGCGGGCGAUGCGGAUAAUGCAGCGCGCGGGUCUGGUGGGGAAGAGCAAUCUCCGGCGCCGCCUGGAGCUACUCCGGCGUCGCAAGAUUCGCGGGCUCUGGCGACUGAACCAGCGAUAGGGGCGACGCCUGGAGGGUCAGACGUGGGGUUGAUUGCAGGGCUGGAGGACUCGAGCGCAGCAGCUGGCGUGGAUGCGGAAGGAAGCAGAUUAGAGAGGGUAGGCGAAAGAGAUGUUUGCGCUUCCUCUCCUGCUUCUGCUGCUGCUGUCGCCGCCUCUCCGCUUGGAUCUGCUGCCGUCACACCCGCUGCAUCUGCCGAGACGGCAGAGCAGCUACAGGCGGCAGAGCAGCUACAGGCGGCAGAGCAGCUACAGGCGGCAGAGCAGCUACAGGCGGAUGUGGUAGAGGCGGCUGUAGCGCAGGCGGCUGCCAGCUGGCAUGCCACGUGGACGCAGAGGGGAGAGCAGGGUGGGGAGAAGUUGGGGGAGCAGUCGAGGGAGGUGCGGACGAGAAGGGAGCGGGAGGAGGAAGGGGUGGGCGUGGGAGACGAGGCGGUGGCAGCAGCGGCGGCGUCACUGCAGCGACAGGUGUUGGAGGUCGCCCUGGAGCAAGCUGUGGCGGCUGUAGCGGCUGUAGCGGCUUCAGCCGUAACGGCCGUAGCACCUUCCACUGUAGAAGCAGCUUCAGCAACAGGAGGAGCUUCAUCUGUAGCGGCUGUAGCGGAGCGUAGCGACGAGUGCAAGAUGAGGGACGACCUGGUGGAUGCAGUCGUGGACGUGGCCCUCCUACAGGCUGCUGCCGCUGUAGCGCCAAGGGCUGUUGCGCCGGCUGUAGCGCCGGCUGUAGCGGCGGCUGCAGCGGCGGCUGUAGCAGAGGAGAGGGAGGAAUGGGCGGCGAAGGGCGAUUUGGUGGAGGCGGUGCUGCUGACGGCUCUAGAGCAGGUGGAAGGCGACUGGUGUAAAUGGGUGGAGAGCGGUUCGGGGGAGCGGCGAGAACAGCUGGUUCGACUGGUUGCGGCCCAGCAGGCGUUGCAAGGUGAGGCAGCUGGUAGGGCUGCAGCCGAAGAGGCCAGGAGGACAGUAGAGAGGGAGGCUGCGGCUGUGGUGGCGGCUGUAGCUGAGGAGAGGGAGGAAUGGGCGGCGACGGGCGAUCUUGUGCAGGCGGUGCUGCAUACGGCUCUGGAGCAGGUGGAAGGGGAGUGGUGUGGAUGGGUGGAGAGGUGUGCAGGGGAGCGGCGAGAGCUGCUGGGUCGACUAGCUGCUGCAGAGCAGGCGGUGAGAGCAGAGGCAGCUGGUAGGGCUGUGGCGGAAGAGGCUAGGAGGGCGGGAGAGAGGGACGGUACAGCUGUAGCGGCAGCUUUAGCUGCGGCUGUAGCUGAGGAGAGGGAGGAGUGGGCGGCGAAGGGCGAUUUGGUGCAGGCGGUGCUGCAGACAGCGCUCCAACAGGCUGCUGCCACGUGGCAUGGCCGGGAGAGGGACCUGCAGAGGCAGCUGCAGAGGCAGCUGGCCGAGGAGGAGUGGCAGGCGCGUGUGGCUGCUGCUGAGGCCAACGCUGCUGCUCUAGAGAGGAGAGCAGCAGCCGCAGAGGCGCUGGUGGGGCGAGCGGAAGAGAGGGCGGCUGCAGCAGAGGCGCGUGCGGAAGCAGCGGAGGCAGGGAGGGGUGAGGCGGAGGUGAGGGCGGAAGCAGCGGAGGCAGGAGCAGCGGAGCAGCAGCAGGAGCGCACAGCAGAGGCUGCUGAGCUGUGGGGCGAACUGGCUGACCGGGAAGCGGUGUGGGACGCUGAGAGAAUACAGCUGGAGGAGAGGGUUAGAGCAGCAGAAGAGAGGGCGAGGGCAGUAGAGGAGAGUUUGAGAACAGAGGAUAAGAGGGCGAGAGAGGCAGAAGAGCAGGCAAGGACAUUGGAGGAGGAGGUGGAGCAGUUGCGGAGGAGAGUUGAAGUGGCGGAGGGAGAGAGGGACGCGCGGAGGGAGGAGGAGGGGCGGCAGGGGAAGCUGCUGGAGCAGCUGAGAGCGAUGGAGAGGGAGGUGGCGGACGGCGCUGCCAGGCUGGCAGCUAGGGAUGCUCUGAUUGGCCGGUUGGAGGGAGAGGUGAGGGAGAAGGAGAGGCGGGUGGGGGAGUUGGAGGGUGAAGUGGCGGCUUUGCAUCAGGAGCUGUUUAGUGAGCGGUGUAUCUCGAGUGGGAGGGAGCAGCGGUGCAGUGCGGUUAAGGGUGAGUUGGAAGAGGUGAAGCGCGCGUGUGACAGGCGGAUUGCUGAGCUGGAAGCUGACGUGGCAGAGCGGAGGGAGGUAGAGGAGGGGUUGAGGGAGAGGGUGCGCGCGCUAGAGGAGGGGAAAGGGGGGAGAGGGGGGCGGGGAAGGCGGGAGAGAUGGGGGGAGAGAGGAGGAAGGGGAGGAAGGGAGAGAGGAGGGACGGCAGGUACUGGUUCAGAGGAGUCGGUGGGAGGGGAGGGGGGACGAGGGGAGGAGGAAGAGGAGGAGGAAGGGGAGGAGGUGGAGAGCAGGAGAGAGGAGGGCAGGGCGAGGGUGGGCGUGGGCGGAUUCACGUGGGGGGAAGGGGCAGGGGGAGGGGCAAGGGGGAGGGGCAGGAGCAGAGGCACGAGCAGGGCUGUCGAUGCUGUUAGACGAGGAGGUGUCUAG